AUGACAUCACCUCCACUUCCACAUCCAACACCACCACAACCACCGCUACCAUCACAUCCUCCUCCACCACCACCACAACCACCGCUAGCAUCACAUCCUCCACCACCACCACAACCACCACAUCUUCCUCCACCACCUUCUCCUCCACCUCCACCACCACCACCACACUGUUACCGCCACCUCUUCCUCAACCUCUACCAUCACCACCACCACCACCACCCCUCCACCUCCACCUCCACCUCCACAACCGCCAUCCCCACCACCACCACUACCACAACCACCACCUCUGUCAAUGAAAGGAAGUCUACCACCUAA